UACGUAUGAACCUCCGCGGCCACCGUAGUGCAUGUAAACAUGGCGUCGGACGGAGAGAGUGAUGAGGAUUUCGUAACUUAUGGGAUUCCUCUGGAGCCGCUGGAAGAAGAUGAGCCGCUGCGGAAGCCGGUCCCCCUGCAGGAUCAGACGGUAAAGGAUGAGAAGGGCCGCUUCAAGAGGUUUCAUGGAGCUUUCACCGGGGGCUUUUCCGCCGGAUACUUCAACACUGUGGGCACCAAGGAAGGCUGGACACCAUCUACUUUUGUGUCAUCACGGCAGCAGAAAGCAGAGAAGCAGAAUGCCAGACCAGAAGACUUCAUGGAUGAGGAGGAUUUCGGUGAGCAUGGUAUCGCACCCCGAGAGAUCACCACCACAGACGACUUUGCUUCUGGGAGGCCAGAUCAAAUCCGGGAUAAGGCCAAAGCCAUCAGUUCCUUAUCAGCUCCUAUUCCAGGAGACACCCUGCUGGAGGAGCUCAUCGCACCUGCACGGUCCUCUAUUGGGGUCCAGCUGCUCCGUAAAAUGGGUUGGAAGGAUGGGCAAGGGAUUGGACCCAGGCUGAAGAGAAGACAACGCAAACAAGACACAGAUGAGAAAAUGUAUGGUUGUGCUUUACCACCCACUGGAUCUGAGGAGUCAGAGGACGAUGAUGAGUUUGUUCCAGAGAAUGUAACCUUUGCACCCAAAGAUGUGAUUCCAGUGGAUUUCACCCCUAAAGAUGACAUUCAUGGCCUGGGCUAUAGGGGACUGAACCCUCUGCAGGCGCUGGGCGGUGGUUCCGGGAUGGGGCAUAUCAAUCUGUUCACGGUUGACUCUGAAAGGACGAGCAGCCUGUUUGGAGGCAGGAAUAGAGGGAAACAGCGUAAAGGUGGAAUCGGAGGACAGGCAUUUGGAGUGGGAGCGAUGGAGGAGGACGAUGAUGAUAUCUACCACAGAGACACCAUGUCCAACUAUGAUGCUGUAUUGGGAGGGGAGGAGCCGGGAGAUGGUCUGUAUGGGUGGACCGCCCCUCAGCAAUACAAGACAAAGAAGAGAAACUCAAACAGAGACGCUGCGUAUGUGGGGAAGAUACUUGAAGGUUUCACCCUGGGAUCUCAACCCACAGAAGCAAAAACAGUGUUUCCUCCCCCAGAUCUUCCACGGGAUUAUCGACCAGUGCAUUACUUCCGGCCGGUGGUGGACCCGUCGUCUGUGAGCCCACUGGUAGCCCAGGCCCUACAAACCUCCCGUGGUCACCUAUCAUUGCAGGACGCACCACAGCAAGGGCGCCACACGCUGGACUCUGCACAGAGGAGAGAGAUGCUGGGAGAAACGACACUACAGGGCCCCAGCUCAGUGUUUGAUCUGCUGGACAGGAAGGAUAGAGAGAGACUGAGUGGCUUCCAGAAAUCAGCAGAAGAAAAGCGAGCUCAGGGGGACAUGUCCUCUGCUCAGGGUCGUGCUGCUGUCGUGGCUGCAGCCAAAGCCUCUGCCCUGCAGUCCCUAUCCAGCCGCUUCCAGUCCAACUCUGCUGUCCCUCAGUCUGACAGCAGUGCCCAGACCCAGCCAUCUGCUCCCCAGAGAGAUCCGCAGAUCCAGUCUCCAGCAUCCACCCAGCUAGCCCUCAGCGCCUGGUCCAGCCCUACAGCUCAGAGCGGCCAGACCUUCAAGCCUUUUGAUAAAAACCCGGCCAAACAGGCCCGAUACGACCUUUACAUCAGCCGACUGAAGCAGGGGGAUAAAGAUGCGCUUGAGUUGAGUCUAGACCAGUCAAUGACCGAGUGGGAGAGAGGGAGAGAGAGGGAGGAGUUUAUUCGUGCUGCAGUUCUCUAUAAGCCUAGUCACUCCUUACUGUCCUCGCGCUUCACCCACGGCAAACACGAGGAUGACACAGACUCGGUGGAUGUGGCACGAGAUCAAGAGAAUGACGUGGAUGAUAAGCAGGCAGCCGUCAAGAUGAAGAUGUUUGGGAAACUGACAAGAGACACCUUUGAGUGGCAUCCUGAUAAACUACUAUGCAAGAGAUUUAAUAUCCCAGAUCCUUUCCCAGGCUCAGGUAUAAUUGGUCUGCCCAAAGUGAAGCGAGACAAGUUCUCCGUGUUCAACUUCCUGUCUGUAAUGGAUCCACCUGCAUCCACCUCCAGCUCUGCAUCUGCCCCUCCUGCCCCUAAGUCCUCGUCUGUGGCCUCUGGCAAGCGCUCUAGAUGGGAUGUAUCCGGCCAGGAGUCCCAGGUUAAAGACUCACUCAGCAGAUUCAUCAGUGAGGCUCGGAUCGAAGUGUCUGCAGCACAGCAAGACCAGACGAGCACUGACACACCUCCAGCAGACUCUGCUACAGUCACUGCUGAGUCUAAAACAGCAGAGCCUCAGGCUGAUCAAACAGCAAAGAAAGCUGAAGAUGAGGAAGAGGCUGAAGAGGAAGAAGUUAGACCUCCGAUAGACCUGUUCAAGGCCAUCUUUGCUAGUUCGUCCAACGAGGGGAGCUCAUCUUCAUCCGAAGAAGACAGCGGUGAAGAAGAGGCACAGGCAGUGGAGCCCCAGCCAAUUGUACCAGUCAUCACACCAACAGUCAACACUAUUGCCCUGCCUGUUUUACCACAGGCUCCUCCCACAUCAAGCCUGUGUGCUACGACAGAACCUAAGCCUCUGUUAGAGGACGGAGAUCAGAAGCAUGCCUCUGCUGCUCCCCCUGUACAGACUGGAGACCUUGACAGUGAGGAGUUUGGGCCCAGACUACCACCUCCUGGGCAAGUAUUCACACCAUCGCCAGCACAGGAAGAAAAGCCAAAACAGCAAAGCAAAGAGAAGCACAAAGCCAAGAAAGAGCACAAACACCGGAAAGAGAAAAAGCAUAAGAAGAAGAGUAAGAAACACAAGCAUAAAGGAAAGCAGAAGAAAAAGAAGAAGAAAGCCGAGGAGACUGACACCAGCUCUGAUUCUGACUCUGACAGCGAUGAUGAUGAUGAUGACGGCCUGGGGCCAGUAUCCACUAAUGACCUCCUACAGAGGUUAAAAAUCCUCCGUGGCAAGAAGUAACUUAGCACCUAGAGUUUGUUGCUUGUCCUCCAUGAGGAUUUAAUUUAGUUAAUUAAGGGGAUACUACCUCUAAACUAUCAAUUCAAUAUUAAUUCAAUUCAUGAAGGAAAUAACUUCCACCUUGUAUGUAACUUAAUAA